AAGCGGUCAAAUUCCUGGAAUGUUUCUGCUGGUAGCAAAGUAGCAAGCACUGUUUCUGGGAAUAUAUUUAUUGAAGGCGUCAGUCACGUAAUACAUGUAUUCUUCUGGCAAUGUCUGUACUCUCAGGAGCGUAGAUCUUAGCAUAGACAAAAAUAAAAAGAUCCAUUCAAGUGGAUGAUUCUGCACAUCGUGUUUUGCAUCAGCAGCAGGAAAUGAUAUCUGCAAUUUUAAGAUUUGUGGAUGUGCAUGGAUCUAAAUGAAAAUAGGCCUAUGUGAUGGACUUCUGCUUGAAAAAAAGCAAAUCGUGCAUCUUGCAGAUGCAGCCGGUAGUUCCCCAUAAAGGCAUGGAAGUGUUCAGAUAUGUAAAUAAUUCAACUAUCAAAGUUCAAGAGGGCGAGCAUACUGCUGAGGAUUUGUGCAUUGAAGCUGCCAAGAAAUGUGGUAUUUCUCCAUUAUGCCAGAAUCUCUUUGCGUUGUAUGAUCCAAGUAAAAGAUUGUGGUUUCCUCCAAAUCACAUGUUCAAAGUUGAUGACCAAACAGCCCUAUUGUUGCAUUAUCGGAUGAGGUUCUUCUUUGGCAACUGGCAUGGAUCCAAUGAAAAUGAACAACCUAUCUGGAGACAUACUCCUGCUCGAAAGCAGAAGAAUAAUAGUGACCCCCAAAAUAUGGAAAAUGGGACUCCUCUCUUGGAUGCAAAUUCCUUGGAAUAUCUGUUUGCUCAGGGGCAGUAUGAUUUGAUUAAAGGCUUGGCACCUGUUCGAGAUCCCAACAGUGACACUGAAUUUCAUGAGAUAGAGAAUGAGUGUCUGGGAAUGGCUGUACUGGCUAUGACUCAUCAGGCCCUUAACCGCAAAAUCCCAUUGCAAGAGAUCUCCAAGGAAAUGAGUUACAAGAAUUACAUUCCUGAGACACUGAAUUCAAGUAUCAAACAGCGAAACAUCCUGACCAGGUGUCGAAUCAAUAAUGUCUUCAAAAAUUUCCUGAAAGAGUUCAACAAUAAGACAGUAUGUGAUAGUAACGUAUCUCCUCAUGACCUCAAAGUCAAGUACCUAGCAACUCUGGAAUCCCUGACUAAGAAUUUUGGAGCAGAAAUAUUUAAGCCAACAAGUCUAUUGAUCUCAACAGAAAAUGAACGCUUGAUGACCAGCUAUGAGCCAAUUGAGAAGGAACAGAAGGAGAAAGAACAUGAAGUGAUCAUCACAGGAAGUAUGGGAAUUAUGUGGAGACGCAUACUGAAAGAGUCUGUAAUGAAUAUGAAAGAGAAAAAUAAAUUGAAGAAGAACAAGAAAACAAACAAAAGCAGUAAGAGUAUUGCAAGUAACGGUGUUCAGGGCGAGAACUGGAUUCAGUUUGCCGACUUCUACGAGAUCACACACAUCAUCAUAAAGGACUCCAUAGUCAUGGUCAACAAACAAGAGAACAAAAAGAUGGAGCUUGAGCUGUCUUGCUAUGAAGAAGCACUGAGCAUGGUUUCUUUGAUUGAUGGUUACUUCCGUUUGACAGUAGAUGCCCAUCAUUAUCUGUGCACAGACGUGGCUCCGCCCCAAGUUGUGCACAACAUUAAACAUGGCUGCCAUGGGCCAAUACGUACUGAAUAUGCUAUAAACAAGCUGAAGCACGAAGGCAAUGAGGAUGGAAUGUACGUGUUGCGAUGGAGCUGCACAGAUUUCAGUCACAUCCUUAUGACGGUAGCAUGCAGUGGACCCUCGGAGCGCAUUGACUUUUGUGAUCGAAGCAGUGGUUCGAGAGUGCUAAAGCAGUACAAGAAUUUUCAGAUUGAGGUGAACAAGUCAUCUGGAUACAAACUACAUGGCUCUGACAGUUAUUUCCCAAACCUCAGGGACCUCAUGAAUCAUCUCAAAGGACAGAUUCUUAAAACCGAGGAUAUCAGCUUCCAACUGAAAACCUGCUGCCCACCAAAACCUCGAGAAAUCUCUAAUCUGUUGGUGAUGACAAAAAGCUGGUCCCAGAUUUCACAGCUGACUGCAAACACCUACAACUUAAGUCAAUUGAGCUUCCAUCGAAUCCGCAAGGAGGAGAUCUGUGAGAAUGAACACCUUGGAAGAGGAACCAGAACAAACAUUUAUGCUGGAACACUGAAUUACAAAGAUGAUGAUGAUGAGAAUGCAAGUCUCUAUCAUACAAAAGACUUACGAGUAGUCCUCAAAAUCCUUGAUCCCAGUCACAGGGACAUCUCACUGGCUUUUUUUGAAACCGCUAGCAUGAUGAGGCAGGUUUCUCAUAAGCACAUUGUACUCUUACAUGGAGUUUGUGUUCGAGAUCUUGAGAAUAUCAUGGUUGAAGAAUUGGUUGAAUUUGGACCACUUGAUUUGUUUAUGCAUAGAGAGCGUGAACAGCUUUCAAAUUUCACACCUUGGAAAUUUCUGGUUGCUAAACAGUUGGCAAGUGCAUUGAGCUAUCUGGAGGAUAAGAAUUUAGUGCAUGGAAAUGUAUGCACAAAAAAUAUUUUGCUGGCAAGAAAAGGGAUUGAAAAUGAUGGAGGUCCAUUCAUCAAACUGAGUGACCCAGGAGUUCCUCUGUCGGCACUGUCUAGAGAAGAACGUAUUGAACGCAUUCCAUGGAUUGCACCGGAAUGUGUAGAAAAUUCCAAAAACUUGGGCAUUGCAAUAGAUAAGUGGAGUUUUGGUACCACCCUGUGGGCCAUCUGCUAUAAUGGAGAGGUGCCUCUGAAAGAUCGCAGCUUGGCAGAGAAAGAAAGAUUCUAUGAAGCUCGGUGUAAACUAACAACUUCGUCCUCCUGUAAGGAACUGGUUGAACUAAUGCAACAGUGCAUGACCUACAACCCACCCGAGCGACCAUUCUUUCGGGCCAUUAUGAGAGAGAUCAAUAAACUGCAAGAGCAAAAUCCAAAUAUAAUUCCAGAAGAUAAACCCAGGGCAGAAAUUGACCCAACCCACUUUGAGAAAAGGUUCCUCCGAAGGAUACGGGAUCUUGGUGAAGGCCACUUUGGGAAGGUUGAGCUCUGUCGUUAUGAUCCAGAGGCUGAUAAUACUGGAGAACUUGUUGCUGUCAAAUCAAUGAAACCUGAAAGCAGUGAAGAACACAAAGCAGAUCUCAAACGAGAAGUUGAAAUUCUAAAGACUCUCUAUCAUGAAAAUAUCGUUAAGUAUAAAGGAAUAUGCACAGAAGAAGGUGGAAAGGGGAUGAAGCUGAUCAUGGAAUAUCUUCCUUCUGGAAGCCUUAAAGAAUAUCUUCCGCGACAUAAAUUGAAAGUGACCUUAAAAACUCAAAUUAAAUAUGCAUUGCAGAUAUGUAAAGGAAUGGAAUACUUGGGAUCUCUGCAGUAUGUUCAUAGAGAUUUGGCUGCAAGAAAUGUUCUUGUGGAAAAUGAAAACAGAGUAAAAAUUGGAGACUUUGGACUAACAAAAGCCAUCCAGACCAACAAGGAGUAUUACAAAGUGCAUGAUGAUUUGGAUAGUCCCGUGUUUUGGUAUGCACCAGAAUGUCUGAUACAUUGCAAAUUCUACAUUGCUUCAGAUGUGUGGUCUUUCGGUGUCACUUUGUAUGAAUUGAUGACAUUUUGUGAGUCUGAACACAGUCCAAUGAAUACAUUCCUGAAAUUGAUUGGUCCUACUCAAGGUCAGAUGACUGUCACAAGGCUUGUGCGUGUACUCGAAGAAGGCAAGCGCUUGCCCUGUCCAACACAUUGCCCCGAGGAGGUUUAUUCUCAUAUGAAGAAGUGCUGGGAACACAGUCCAAGUAACAGAACCACAUUUGAAAACCUUGUGAAUGUAUUUGAGUCUUUGCUUCAACGAAUGUCAAAUUAAGAGGACUGAUUGUAUUUUUUUAACCGGGUAAUGCAACUGUUAUGUAUGUUUAAACUAUCUACGAUAAUCCAAUGUAAAUAAUGCACUGCUAUAUGGUGUUUAAAUGAGAACUUCAAAAGGCACAAAAAUGCCUUCAAAAUUUUUAAUGUCAUUUACUAUUAAUUUGCUAAAACUUCAGUUUUUCUUGAACCAUGCAAUUGAAAUGUCUAUAUUUUCCUUGCAAAGAUGACAGUUUGAAUUUUGUAAAUAUUAUUUGAGAGGAUUGGGUAAUUUUCUGACAAAGGCCAUUAUCCUUUGUUUGCCAAUGCACACAGCAGCACACACAAACUGCUGCAGGAACUCAAAGUUGGGCAUUAUCUAUGGAAGGAAAUAAACAAACGUUUUGAGCCGAUGCCUUUCAUCAGCAAGGGUGAACUGUUCAUCCUGAACCAAAAUGUCGACUGUUUAUAUCCCUCCAUCGCUGCUGCCUGAUUUGCUGAGUUCCUCCAGCAUUUUGUGUUGCUCAAGAUUUCCAGUAUCUGCAGAAUCUCUUGUGCCUACAAUUUGUGCACAAUUUUAGUAGAAAUAGUGGGAAAAGAACUCCAGUGAAGACCAUCUUUCAUUUAGAAAAUAACAGCCCUUAAUCAUGUUUGGUGGAUGUUUGAUGUGCCCUUUGUAUUCAGUGUUGGCUCAGAAUCAGAUUUAAUAUCACAGGUAUAUGUCAUGAAAUUUGCUUCACAAAAAAAUAUCAAUAACACAUGGUUAUUGUGAGCACUUGAUGUAUGCCCUUCAGUAUAGCAAUGGAAAACUCUUUUGCAUUAAUGUUUCUAUGUUUUAUAUUUUGUAAUAUAUCAAUAAAUAUUUCAACUUCA